AUGGCCGCGACGCUGUUUGACACAAAGCCGGGGGGUGUCCUCCAGGGGCGCUCGGGCGCGCCAGCGGCCAGCCCCACGCUGGAGGACCGCCUGUGCGGGGAGGUGCUGCGCAAGCUGCGGCUGGCGUGCGAGUCCGUGCCCGAGGACAGGGAGACGAUAUGCGAGGAGGUCUUCUCGGACAUAACGGGGGCGCUGGACAGCUUUGCGCGAGAGGUUUUGGGCUCCACGGGCAGGCUCUCGUUCUACGAAAUACUUGCAGACUAUUACCUUACACAUUGGUCGGCGGCUGACCAGCUGUUGGCCAUUUGCCGUCGGAUCUGGGGUCAGCCAUUCGUGGCGGCCAUAUACACACUGCUGCUCCACCAGUGGCUCCUGGAGAGCAGGGAUGCGGGGGGGGCAGAACAGAGACAGAAGCACCUCAACGUUCUUGUGUCAGGCGCUCGACAGCUAUUUUGGAUCGAUGUGCACGCUAGCACAUUGCGAUUCCGUCCUCUAUACCACUACACUUUCCAGCGCCUCAAACUUAGGCAGGACUCCAUCAUACUCGAUUUGCUGCCAGCCACCGCACGCACCGCCCUGGUGACCCUCAUCGCAUGCUUCAUGCCAUACUACGUUGAGGCCCAGGAUAUGCCAGAGGCAGUUGGCCACUUCCCGUCACCCGACCCAACGCUGCACAGUGACCAGAGGAGUUCCAGGGAUGGCGAUUUUCUGUUCUCCCAGAUCACAGACACACUGCGCGCCAUCGGUGGGGAACCUGGCUUGCUGAGAUAUAUCAAGUCGCUGGCGGGCCUGAAGAGCUGCAGGCAGCUCAAGUCAAUCAGAACAGUCACCCAGCUCAGACUCCAGGCCGAACUGUACAGCCUCUCCUCACCAGGCGGUCCUCGGUACACCUCCCGCCCUGUGCGCCACGCUGCCCUGCACACUCUGGACAGCCUCUUCCCCUCAGGCCGCACCUCCCGCCAUGUGGUGGCGCUCCUCUUCAGGCUGCUGCACCCCUUGGAGUGGCCCGCGUCGGUGGCGGCCGCCACCAGGAGGUGGUACCUUGGGGUCCAGGGUCGGGUAUUCAGGGCCGCAGCCGCGAUCGCAGCAUUCCUGUGGAUGCUGUGGUGCUGGUUGUGCAGCAGGGUGGCUGGACUGUGGACAAGGCGUUGA